CAUCGACGCCGGGGGCCGACGCCCGACACACCGAACUUUACGACACACCACGAUGCGGUACGCUCUCCUAGCGCUGUGCGUGUCCGCGGCGGCGACGCUGGCGACCGCCACCGCGUCCGAUCCCGCCCCCGCCGCACCGCCGGCGGAAAACGAGGUGGAGCUGAGUGAGGAGGAGAAGCGCGCGUGGACGAGCCUGCACGGGGGUUGGGGCAAGCGAGGCUGGCAGGACAUGAGUUCCGCCUGGGGCAAGCGCGCCUGGCAGGACCUCAACUUGGCCUGGGGGAAACGGGGCUGGCAGGAUCUCAACUCCGCGUGGGGGAAGCGGGGCUGGCAGGAUUUGAACUCCGCUUGGGGCAAGCGGGGCUGGCAGGAUCUCAACGGGGCGUGGGGCAAGCGCGCCUGGUCCGAUUUAUCGCAGACCCCGUGGGGCAAACGGGGCUGGCAGGACCUAAACUCGGCGUGGGGCAAACGAGGCUGGCAAGAUAUGAGCUCCGCCUGGGGCAAGCGAGGCUGGCAGGACAUGAGCUCGGCGUGGGGCAAGCGGGGCUGGCAAGACAUGAGCUCGGCGUGGGGAAAACGAGCACCUUCGAAGUGGUCGAGCUUCCAUGGAUCGUGGGGCAAGCGGUACGGCCCGGAGACCGACUACGAGGACUAUGAACUGCUCGAGAGCCUCUUGCCCCUACAGCAGCAGGUAAUGGAGCAGGCGGCGGCGGAGGCGGCGGCGCGGGCGGCGGAGGGGGGCGCGGCGGGGGCGGUGGGGGACGUGGCGCUGCCGGAGAAGAAGGCGUGGUCGUCGCUGCACGGCGCCUGGGGCAAGCGGCCCGUCAAGCAGACCAAGUACAACAGCGGAGCGUACUACUGGAAGCGGGAGCCGGGCUGGACGAACCUGCGGGGCAUGUGGGGCAAGCGCUCGGGCCCGGACGACGACCACCCGGCCCCGCUCGAGAGCACCGCGGACGAGGCCUAGACACCGGGACAUACAAACUAAACCAUAUCUGUAAUACUACAUAACUCUGUAUAUUGACUAUGUUAAGCAUCAGUUCCUCGGCGUGUGAGCGGCUACGUCCCGACUCGAUGCGGCAAUUUAUUUUCUCCAAAAAAAAUCCUCGUAGAAAAUUUAUUCAUUUUACAAUAAACACAUCUACUUACUUGUAAAUAUCACCCAUGAGGUAGAAACUACAUCCAAUGACUAUUUUAGAAGUAUCAGUCUAUUUAAGUCGUUAUAUUUGUUUGUCGGGCUUUAUAUAUUUUGUAAGGGCCGGUCGAGUUGCGACGUACCCGUCUUGUAUUAAAUUAUUUGAUAAUUUGAAACACUAACGUACAAGUUCAGUCACCUUCUGGAGUGGACCUACUCGAGCUGCUAGCGAGCUACUCGAGCUGCUAGCGAGCUACUCGACUCUAGGUGUAAGCGGCAGGUGUAUGUACGGGUGUAUCCCUAGUUAGGUAAAUAAUAAUUAAUUUACUAAUAAAUAUAACUGUGGAAUUGUAUUUUACUAGCGAAAGUUGAUGUAAACGACGGCCUUCGUGCUGAGUUAACGUUUGUCCAAUAAAAGUUUAUUCGAAGC